UGGUAAUACCCCUCACGCACACCGGCGUUACGGGGCGUUUAACGCCCUGGGGGCGUGAAACACCGCCCCCCGCCGGCGUGAAACAGGCGUGAGGGCGCCUGCGUCAUUCGUUUGACGUGGCGUGACUCUUGCGCGGCUCCUCCUAACGGCUAAAAAAGCCGUUGCAGCCCACAUUUCAAAAAAGAAAAAAAAAUUUUCCCUAUAAAUUCAACCCCCCUAACCAAUCUCUCACACCUUCUGUUCAAUCUCUUCCUCUUUCUUAUUUUUAAAUUUCAAAAUUCAAACCCCCCCUCCCAAAUUUCAACAUGAAUCCUUACGGCUCCGGCUUCUUUCCCGACGAUCUCCCGCCCGUUGACGCCGCGAUGUGGUAUUACCAAGAGUUGGGCGAUCGACCGCCGAUGUACGACACACAACAGUCGGGGUACGUCGACCGAGAUUCGGUUCCGGAGACUCAACCGGAACCGUCCGGAUCGAAAAAAAGUACACGCCGGAGAAGCCACAAAGCCAAAAGCACGUUGACCGAGGCGGCACGGUCAAUCCAAAAGUGGACGCCGGAGGAGGAGUGCAUAUUGGCGUCGGCUUGGGUUGACGUCUCCGAGCAUCCUAUCAUUGGUUAAAAAUUUAUUUUUUGUAAUAUAUUUAUGUUUUUAUUUUUAUAUAUUAUAUUUAAUGGUGUCUAAAAAAAUUGUGUAAUACAU